AACGUCAAAACAAAUCUCAGUCCGUAACCGGUCACCCGGUCGCCGUAUGGUUUCCGGGGGUCAAACAGGAAAGCUGAUAGCGUACAGCACCAGUACAAUCGAAACCCUGUCCACAGAGCAGAUGGUGUUCCGAGCGUGCAAGGUGCAGCAGUAGUUCGGGAACGCACUUGACCGUGAGUAGCAGUCAAAGCAGUAACGGCAACGGUAAAGUGCAGUGUUUGGUAAAAUCGGGCCUAGAAACCUGUGGAAUAGCGUUGUUCGUUGUGUACUGUCGUCCGUCCGUGUUACCAAAAUGACGAUCAAGAUCGCUCUCAUACAGCUGCGUGUAGUUGAUUCGAAGGAGAAGAAUCUUAAGAAUGCCAUCGAUCUUAUACGCAUCUCAAAGAAGGAAAAGGAUGCAAAUGUGGUCGUGCUACCGGAGUGUUUCAACGCACCGUACACGGCCGAUUCAUUGCAGGACGUGGCUGAGGAGAUCCCGAGUGGUGAAACCUGUCGGGCACUGUCGAAUGCUGCCCGCGAUUUCGGUGUGCACGUUGUCGGUGGUUCGAUCGUCGAAUCGUUUAGUGGACGGCUCUACAACACCUGUACCGUCUGGGGCCCUGAAGGUGAUCUAGUGGCAAAAUAUCGGAAGGUGCAUCUGUGUGAUUCGAGCCUUAGCGGGAAAACGACGGUAGCAGAAACGAAGCUAUUCACGCCCGGUGACAAAUAUGCCACGUUUACCGUUGGAGAAACGCGCAUCGGGCUGGGUAUUUGUUGGGAUAUGCGGUUCGCCGAGUUUGCCACUGCCUAUCGCACGAUGGGCUGCGAUCUACUAAUCUAUCCGGCAGUGUGUGAUGUACCGACCGGAGAGCAACACUGGGAGCUACUGGCCAAGGCACGUGCUCUGGACAACCAAACGUUUGUCGCAUUCUGUUCACCUGCGCGGGACACACACGCCAAGCUGAUCCCGUACGGCCAUUCGCUGGUGGUCGAUCCUUGGGGUCGCGUCAUCCAACGAGCAACCGAGUUUCAGGAGAUCGUCGUGGCGGAUCUGAUACUCAAGGAGCUGUCCGACGUUCGCAAGCGGAUACCGGUGUUCGAUCAGAAGCGAACGGAUCUGUACGAGCUGAAGGUUGACUGUACUGUCUGAAACGUAAUUUCGCAAUCAUCGUAUGCGAUUGCGAAUCGUAUGCCGUACAAUGGACAGCGAUGAUGAUCGCGUGUGUUUGUUCCUUAUUUUGCCUUGUGUUGUGAUCAUCUUUUUGCUAUACUGUGUGCUCGGUUUUAGAAGAUCAAAUGUUAAACAAUCUUUCGUAUGGUACCAUAGCUACUUUUUUCGGUUUACUGAUAAUGAAUAAAAACAUACUCUUUUGCAAUAGUCUAAUAA